AUGACUUGCAUUUCGAAACCAUUCAACGCCACCGUCUUCCACACACAUUCAUCCCCUUUUCCUCAAUUUCCACCCCGCCUCCAUUCUAACGCACUAUACUCUCACACAUUCCGAUCCCACGCCGUUCCUCCUCUUCCCCAAAACCAAAUCAUCAUCGGAUGCGGAAUGACGGCGGUGGAUUUCUUAGCUACCGUCGAUGGAUAUCCGAAACCGGACGAUAAGAUCCGAUCAACCUCCUCCAAGGUGCAAGGAGGUGGAAAUGCUGCUAAUGCUUUAACAUGUGCGGCUCGACUCGGAUUGAAACCAAAGCUUAUUUCCAAGGUUGCUGAUGAUGCUCAAGGAAAGAGCAUAUUGGAGGAACUUGAAGCUGAUGGUGUUGAUACUUCCUUUAUCGUUGUAUCCAAGGGUGGCAGUUCAACAUUUUCAUAUGUACUUGUAGACACUCAAACAAAAACUCGCACAAGUAUUUACACACCUGGAGAUCCUCCCUUAAUGCCUGAUGAUUUGUCUCAGUCAAUGUUGUUAUCUGCAUUUGAUGGAGCAAGAUUAGUUUAUUUUGAUGGAAUGUCAAUCGAAACUGCUCUAUUUGUUGGACGAGAGGCAGCCCGCAAUAAUAUUCCUAUUUUAGCUGAGGCAGAAUCACCAAGGGAAGGGUUGGAUGAGCUAUUGAAGCUUGCUGAUUUUGUUGUAUGUUCAGCAAAGUUUCCACUGGCUUGGACACAGGCACCGUCUAUCCCUAGUGCGUUGGUUUCCAUGCUUAUAAGAUUGCCAAAUAUCAAGUUUGUGAUUGUGACUCUCGGUGAAGAUGGUUGUCUAAUGUUGGAAAGAAGUACAAAUGAUGAUGUCGGUGUGGAAGAAAUGAAUGUAGAGAGCUUUCUAGAACUCUUGUAUAAAGAGAAAGAUGAUAGCUUGGCUAAUCCAACCUGUAUAUCAUCGAAUGGAAUUACAGGCCAUGCAAAAGCAAUUAUGGAGGCGGUGAGAAAGUUCAGAUCAAAUGGAAUUGGCACAGUUUGUGGGAGAUUCUUUAUUGGAACAGCAGAGAAGAUACCAGAUUCUGAGCUUAUUGAUACAACUGGUGCCGGAGAUGCAUUUAUUGGAGCGAUUAUGUAUGCCAUCUGCUCAAACAUGGUACCGGAGAUAAUGUUACCCUUUGCUGCAAAAGUGGCAGCUGCCAAGUGUAGAGCUUUGGGAGCUCGAACCGGUCUUCCUCAUCGAACAGAUCCAUGCUUAGCAUCCUUUUUAUGCUGA